ACAAAACUCGGGUGCUGAUCAAAAUUAACCUUAAAAUUUACAUAAAUCAAAAUUUUUGCUAAACAAAAUCGCCUCGUAAACAUUAAAACAAUGGUACUUAAAGACAAACACGUACGUGAAAAUAUCAACAUGGAUAAUCAUCGCCCAGUCACAACACUUACAAAUAAUCCCACCACAACUUUCACGACGCGCCGUGGCUACACAUUUUCAGCUACAACGCUCUUUCUGAUGGCUGCCUGCUUUGUGUGCAUCCUACUUGCGGUCAGUUUCAUCAUCUACAAUGUUGCAACGUGUGAACAGGAGCUAAAUCCGUUACCGGAUGAGGAAGUCAUUUGCACAACGGUAAAGAAGCAUAUACAGAAACCGUUCACACCGCAAGUGGCCAGCACGCUGACGCAUUAUGAACGCGACGUACGUUUGCCGCGUUCAAUAAAACCGCAGAAAUACAAUAUUUCCCUUGUGCCGCACCUGCUCAACAAUAAUUUCACAUUCGAAGGAGAGGUACGCAUACAAGUUUUGGUACUGGAAGACUGCUAUAAUAUUACCAUGCACGCGACCGAAUUGAAUAUCACCAAAAACGAUGUGACUGUACGUCGUAUUGGCAUGUCAACGGCGACGUCGACGUCGACUUUGCAACCGGCUUUGGCAACGAACGCUCACUACAUACCGGAAAUUGGCGGCGCUGAACUGAGGAUACGAAAACAAUACAUGCUUGAAGCCAAGCAGUUUUUCAUCAUAGAUCUCUACGACAAACUAACAAAGGGUGGCGUGUACGAGAUAAGCAUCCGGUUCAGCGGUCUAAUACAGGACUAUUUGCAGGGAUUCUAUCGCAGUUCGUAUCAAGUGGGCAACGAAAAGCGCUGGUUAGUUUCAACACAAUUUCAAGCCACUGAUGCUAGAAGAGCAUUUCCAUGCUUCGAUGAACCAUCUUUAAAAGCGAACUUCACAUUAAAAAUAGCGCGUCCGCGCAACAUGACCACAGUGUCUAAUAUGCCCAUUGUGUACACAAAAAAUCAUGAAUAUCUCACCGAUUAUGUAUGGGAUCAAUUUGCCGAAACCUUACCUAUGUCCACUUACUUGGUGGCCUAUGCAAUUUCGGACUUCAAACACAUCUCCGAUGGUAAUUUCUCGGUAUGGGCACGCAAGGAUGCCAUACAAUCAGCCAACUAUGCACUUAGCGUUGGACCGAAAAUACUUAAAUUUCUUGAAGAAUUUUUCGAUCUGCCCUUCCCGCUGCCGAAAAUUGAUAUGAUAGCGAUACCGGACUUUCAAGCGGGAGCCAUGGAGAAUUGGGGCCUGAUAACCUACAGGGAGACCGCAAUGCUCUAUGAAGAGGGCGUUUCGGCUACAACGAAUAAGCAACGCAUUGCCAGUGUUGUUGGCCACGAACUGGCCCAUCAGUGGUUUGGCAAUUUGGUAACACCCAGUUGGUGGGCUGAUAUUUGGCUCAAUGAGGGAUUCGCCAGCUAUAUGGAAUACUUCACUGUGGAUGCGAUUCAUCCGGAGUGGAAGCCACAGGAUCAAUUUGUAGUGAAUGAAUUGCAGAAUGUAUUCCAGUUGGACGCGCUUUCAUCAUCGCAUAGAAUCUCAGUAGAAGUAUUCAACCCAGAUGAAAUUUCAGAGAUUUUCGAUCGUAUUUCUUAUGCCAAAGGUUCGACCAUCAUACGCAUGAUGAACCAUUUCUUAACUACGAAAGUAUUUCAACGUGGACUAAGCAAGUAUUUGAAGGAAAUGGCUUACAACUCCGCUGAACAGGAUGAUUUGUGGCGCUUUUUAACUAUAGAAGCCAUUGCAGCUGGCCUGCUAGAUCGAAACACCACUGUUAAAAAGAUUAUGGAUACAUGGACUUUACAAAUCGGUUACCCUGUACUCACCGUUACACGUUAUCCGAAUACACAUGCCAUCCGCAUGGAGCAGCAGCGUUUUAUAUUUUCAAAUCAGUCCGACUCGCAGUACUCUGCUGAGGAUAGAAAUCCCCUCUGGUGGAUACCAAUUACAUAUACAACUUCGAAAGAGUUGAAUUUCGAAAAUACACGGCCCAUCACUUGGGUGCCACGCAGCGAAGUUUACGAAAUUGAAGAUCGUAAUCUCUCCACUGCGGAUUGGUUUAUCUUUAAUAUCCAACAAACUGGAUAUUAUCGCGUCAAUUACGAUGCUUAUAACUGGAAAGCCAUUACAGCUCAUCUAAUGCAGCCACAGAAAUAUAGAAACAUAGGUCCAGCGAAUCGUGCACAAUUAUUAGACGACGCAAUGAAUUUGGCACGUGGUGCAUAUUUGAGCUAUGAAACAGCAUUGAAUAUGACGCGGUAUCUCAAUCAUGAAUUGGAUCUGGUGCCAUGGAAGUCUGCUUUAAACGCAUUUAAUUUUAUCGAUUCGAUGUUGGUUAAUCAGGGCGACUACGAUCUGCUGAAGAACUACCUUCUGGAUCUGAUGGAGAACGUUUACAAAGACAUUUCGCCGAAUAAUUUCACAGAGGAUGCCGACGGAGGGGAGGAUAUGUUGAAAUUGAUUAAACGUGUCGAAAUAUUGUACAUGGCUUGCCAUCUCGGCCAUCGUCAUUGCGUAUUGGAGAGCGCACGUCACUUUCACAAUUGGAUGGAGGUGGCCAAUCCGGACAACAAUAAUCCAAUUCCACCGAAUUUGCGUGGCAUUGUUUAUUGCACAGCAAUUCAAUAUGGCAGCGAGUACGAAUGGGAGUUCGCUUUCCAACGCUAUCGCAGUACUACAGUCUCAACCGAAAAAGAACUACUACUCAGCGCACUCGGCUGCUCCCUGGAACCGUGGAUAUUGGCGCGCUACUUGCGCCGCUCAAUCAGUGGUGAAGACAUUCGCAAACAAGACGUACAUAGGGUAUUUGCGGCAGUGUCAGGCAAUGUGGUGGGCCAGCAGAUCGCCUUUGAUUUCAUGCGUAAUAACUGGGAGGAGAUCAAGACAUACUUGGGUUCCACCAUGUCCAAUCUGAAUAUGAUUCUGAAAUUUGCCACAAAACGCAUGAAUUCGAAAUUUUUCCUCACUGAAUUGGAGUCUUUUAUUAAAACUGAUGUUAAAGAUAAUGGCCGGUCCAUUCAACAAAUUCUCGAACAGGUGCGUAUCAAUGUCGAUUGGAUGUCCCGCAACUACCAGGAUAUCAUCGCAUGGUUAAAGCGCGAGGCGUCAGCAAGGCAACGAAGGGAUGGUACACCGAAAGUAGCUCACUAAUUGAUAAUCAAAUUUGUUUUUAAAUUAAAUUUUGUGUGUUCUUAUUGUUGUAAAAUAAUGGUAAAUAUUUUACAUUUCCACGUGAAAAGUGUAAUUUAAUUCUGUGUUGCGAAGCCAAUGUAAACAUUUUUAAGUAUUCUAAGUAAUUUUUAUAAAAUUACAGUAUGUGUGUUAGUAAACUAAAUCGAAUCAAAACAAAAUUUCUUAUUAAAAAAUCAUUCACACUUAUUUUGUAUUAAUAUUGUUGUAUUACUUGACAAGAGAGAACCCAGAUAUUUGUGUGUGCGAAUCAAAUUCAACUAACCGUUAUAUUUAACGCACAGCCAAACUAGCAUUGCUUUGUUAAAACGGUUGUUGUUCUGGUGGCAAAAAUGUUCCAGUCAAUUAAAACAAUACAUUUUCUUAACGUUGAACCUUUCGAUAAGAUUUUGUUUAAUUGUAAAAGAUUAAAUAAAGAAGAAGAUGCUAAAAAAUUGUGUUUUUAGUGCAUCUAAAGUGUUGUUUACUUUUAUCUGAGAAUUGCCGAAACCAAAGUAUCCACCUUUGUUCUCUAUAUCGUGUGUUAAUCUUACUAAAUGUUAUUAAAAUUGCAUUAGUUUGCUAACAUACAUACAUACAUAUUUAUAUAUAUAUACAUACGUACACAUUAUCUUUUAUGUAUAGUGCUAAGCAAAAUUAUAAUUAUUACAUCAUAGGUAUAUUUUUAUUUUAACUUAAUGUGAGUGUGUACUUAAUAUAAAUUAAAAACUUCACUAAAUUAAAAUGCAAUAUGGGUAUUCACCAACUGUUGACAACAGUCGUGGCUUGAGCUAAAAAGAAGAACGAGUUGAAACUGCCAACAAACAGUUCACUUUACAGCG